GCAGCUGCAACUGUGAUCCGCUGUGGGAUGAAGCUCAGGAUGGGACUCAAGGACUCUGGGAAUCCCCAGGAAGCUGUGUGACAUGGGCACAUAUAAAACCUCCUGCUCAGUCCUCCUAGGCUGCUUUAGGGUGCAAAGUUUUCCCCACCCAGGGCUGCUGGAGUUAGUCCCAGUAUAUCCCACCCCCAGGCCCGACGCCUGAAGGCUGGGCAUGGCUUUGCCUGCUGUGAGUGGGUAGUGCUUGCCUGCAGGGGAGCCCCCCUUGCCCGGUGCCCCGCGGCUCCCGGCUGCCGCCUGACUCAUGCCCGGGCAGGGAGUGGCGGGACCGGCGUCGCCCCCACCCACGCGAGGGGUGUUGUGCAACCGGGUGCCUCCGCCGCAGACGGAGCCGGGAGCAGGUGCGGGAGUGGAGGGGUGGCUCCUGUGGGGUCAGAGCCGGUGUCAGUGCUCGCUCCCCGUUCCAAGUGGUUAUCGGAGCCCCUUAGCUGGGUUUCCUGGUGUGCUGCCUUCUAGCAGCAUCAGGAAGAGAUCUUGGGAUCAGGUGGAGGAGGGUCUUAGUGCCCAAACCCACCAGGUCCAUUGAUAGUGGUGGUACCUGCUCCCCAGGAGACCCUGCUCCAGAGCUGACGGCUUCAGGGGAGAGACCGUGCCGUACACAGUGAGGAAGGGCUGCUUUGGCAUGACCAUGGAUCCAUCCCUGGCCACAUCCUGUGCACCCCAUCCACAGCUCCCUCAGCUCUGGUCCCCUGGCCCUCCCUGAGCAUGGGAACAGGGAGCUGGUGCUGCUGUGAGCACGGUCACGCAUUGCUGCUUGGGACUCUGUGCUUCUUUUUUCCUAUGUGAGGUGUAGCCACCAUGGCAGGGCUGUCAGUGAAGCAGGGAAGGUGCAACACCAUCACUGACUUACUUCCCUCUCCUUAAGUGAUCCUGGAGCUGGGUGAGAGCCUGUGAAGAGGCAAACCCAUUUGCUGCAGUGGCCUCACUGGGUCCAUUCGUACAGUUGGGUUCAUCCAGCCUCUUGUCUCUGGUGGAAGGUGACCUGCAACCCAGGGCAAUGCCCAGCCCCACCACCUAUGCGGGAGCAGCCCUCCCACUCCAUCCGGGUUUGUGUGGGCGUUUGACGAGAUGUGCUGAUAACGCCUGGGACCGGCAGUGCCGAAGGGGGGGACAGGGCAGGGUCAAUACGCGGGACCCCAAGGCACCAGCGGUAGCCUGCUCCUUCCUUCUUCCUCCUUGGUGACGAGCCAACCCCUGCCAGGGGUUAUCAGCCAUGCAGCCGAGUGUGGAGGGACCUGACAACAACCAGGAGGGUGGAUGGGGGUGCAGAGCCCAGGACUGACCCACCCGUCCCAGAGAUGUUUGGGACCCCUGUCCCCCACCUGCCGUCCCGGAGCCUUUAGGCCAAGUGACUUCGAACCCCCCGAUUGCUCUCCAGGGGUUGGGGACCCCGGCCGUGGGCUGUCAACAGUGGGGUCAGCCUGAGAAGGACCUUAAAGCUUCCCGUGGCAAAAUGGGUGUGGCCCCCAGCAUCAGUGGGUCCCCAGAACUGGGACGCUGCCACCUCAGCGGAGGCUGCGAGGACACAGAGACGUCAGUGCCCCAGGCAGGGCACGUGGUGUCCCUGUCCCCCCCACCUGGGGGAGUGCUCACCGGUGGAGCCACCCGUUGCGCUCUCCCUUGAGAGAGUGAGAGCGGCAGCCCUGUCUCCUUCCUCCCUGACGCCGAAGAAGCGCUAUGGGGUGCCGGGGCCCGUGGCCGCUCUGGAGCUGGGUGCUGUGGGGGUUCUGGGUGCUGCCAGGUAAGUGCCAGGGUCCCCUCGCACCGCUAGCGGGCUGCCCAGGUGGCUCAUGCCAUGUGGGUGAUGGGCUGCAAACAACCCUCCGGCUGCUGCAAAGCUGCGAGAUUGAGCCCGAGUGACCGGCCGGGGUUUGUUCUCUGUCUGCGGGCGCCAGAGCUUUGUCAUGGUCCCCAGUUACAGCAGGGGAAGGUGGCAGGAAUUGUGGAUCAAAUGGAGAGACUCACCCUGCGGGAAGGUGCCUGUCCUGCUCUUGGUCUUGGUCCUCCUGCAGAAGGGAGGAGGGGUGGGGGCGAUGGCGACUCUGGGCUGGUUUUUAACUCAUCCUCCCUCACCCACCUUCUGCACAAGCCGGGGAGAUGAAGGGGCAGCCCCUUCUCCCCACGCUGGACCCAUCCGAGUCGGGCAGCAUCUCCCAUGCGGCCGACAGCAGCAGCGCCGAGCUGCCUUCAGACCUGGGCAUGUGCCAGGAUCUCCCCUCUCCCUCCGGCCCGACCACCGCCCCCGCGGGCAGCCAGAGCUCAGGCAUCCUGGUGCCACAGGCAACAACGAGAGGGCUGGUCCCAGCUGGAAGCAGUGGUGAGCAGGAGGGGCCUCCCAGCCCGGCAGCUCUCCCUGGGGGUCCAGCAAUGCAAGGCAGCCCCCAGGUAGGGUCAGGGGCUGGGGUCUCCUUUCCAGGUGCUGCCGGCCACCCAACCAUUGUCCCUCCAGUUCCCACCACCACUGGGCAAAUGCAGCCUCUGUCCUUCAAGCCAACAAGGCACACACUGGAGCUGGAUGAGGCCACCUCACCUUUGGCCACAGCUGCCAGUCUCUCUCAGGACGGGGCCAGCCCCAUGAAGACGGCAGCAGCCGCAGCCAGUCCCCCCAGCACAGCUGCAGAGGGAGCCAGCAUGGCAGCCCCACCGCCUGCGGACCCCCCGAGUGCAUCCUUGGGAAAGGUCACCUUUUCUUCUGCCACCAUUGGCACCAGCAAGGCUACAGAGCCAGGGACAUGUACCUUGCCCAGUGCUGACCACAAUGCCUCACAGCACCCUCCUGGGCCUCCCACUCAGCUGCCUCUAGCCCUUUUGCCCCAGCUUCCUGAUGAUGCUGUGCUGGGCACAGGGGAGAUGCUUCCCCUCAGCCACAGCGUGGCCCCGGGCACUGCUGGACAUGGGCUGCCUGGAGACAGCGCUGUCACCCAGCCCCAAGCCACCACACAAGCUGCAGGCACACUGGCUACAGUGAUGGAUAUCCUAGCUGGAGAGCACAUCCCACCUCUGGGAAGCACCAGUGCUGAGCUGGUAUCCAUCAGGAAUGAGGCCAGUACCAAAGCCACAGCAGGCACUGCUAUCCCAGAGAUCAAGGACACACCAGGAGGGCUCAGCAUGAGUCUGUCCCCCCAUGCAGCUCUCAAUGACCCUGAUGGUCCCCCUCCAAGGCCCUAUCCUUACUCUAUGGGCUCUCUGCUCCCUCAGUCCCUCUCAACAGGCCUUGGAACCACCACAGCAGAGGCAGCUGCAGGCAGAUCUCCUCCAGUCACUCCCAGUAUGGCCACACCUUUGUCUCUCACAGGCAUCAGUGGAGCCAAGCCAGACAGGGCCCCUCGAGCUGCUGCUGCUGCACCACCACCUUCCAUUGCUGCAUUUGAGACUGUGCCAGCUGCCCAUCCAUCCUCCUUUGUUAGCAGCUCUCCAGUUAGUGAAGCAGGGCUGGGAUCAGCGUUACUGGCCAGUGGCAGUGCCACCACAACACCGCGGGACAGCGAAGCCACCGUGCCUGUGCCUGAUGCACACCUCAGCCACAGCCAGCCAGGUCCCACAGCAGGCUCAACAGCCCCAGGAACUGGUGUCACACCCAGAUCUGCGCUAACCUCAGUGCUCUGGGCUGGGCCCCAAGUCGUGGAAGCUCCAGGGACAGAGAUGCCAUCACCCAGCACUGCACCAGGCACUGGCAGAGCUGUGUCAGACACCCCUGGGGGACCCAGAGCAGUCACUGUCCCCAUGGCAUCACAAGCGGACGUCCCCUCUCUUCUGGAAGGCAGAGCCAAUGUAGGGAUGGCUCUGGAGGUGUCCCCAUCCAGCAUCCCUCAAGAGAUGGCAGCAGUCAUGUCCCCACUGUCCCUGGCUGCCCCACUGCAAGCAAUGGGGGCUUCAGGUGACCCCCAGCCCGAUGGCAGCACCACAGGGCGAGCAAUGGGGAUGGGGUUCCUGGAGGUGAGCACAGAGGAGAACCCAGGUGCCAGUGCAGUGGGGCCAGCUCCCAGCCACGCGACUGUCACUGCCAGGCCAUCACCAGAGCCAGCUGCCACUGAGGACAAGCCCACAGCUGGGAUCACCUUGCUGGCUGUUGGCCACACAAAUGUGCGGGAGGCCACAGCUGCAUCCUGGGCAGGUGCCACAGGUACCACAGGUACCACUGCCCACGUGGAGACCACCCGCUCUGAGAGCAGCACUGAGGGUGCAGCACCCUCAGCCAGCACCAGCAGCACCCACAUCCCCGACUCCAACGCCGUUGGCACAAGCCUGGCCGCCACAGCAUCCACAGCAUUCCCCAGCAACGCUAACCUGCCAACCACCUCAACAGGCUGGGAGACCUUUGUGACCAGGGUCACCACAGCCGUGCCACCUGCCACUGCACGGGCCAGCAGCACCAGCAGUGCCCCAUCCCCUGCUGUAACACACAGCGAGACAAGAGGAGGUGGGCAGCCUGUCCCAUCCCCAGCAGCACGUACCCCCUUGGUGGAGACAACCCAUGGAUCCUGGGGCGUCCUUGGUCCCAGCACUGGUGUUGCAGUGUCUGGUUCUCCCCUCCCCAGCCUGCACAGCCCAACAGAGGAGACAACAACAGCCCCCUUGUCCCUGCUUGGUGUUGGUGUAACUGGGGUGACAGCAACUGGACAGACUCGCACCGAGUCAGCAACAGGCACCACUUCUACAUCCACCAGCUACCACGACAUGGGACAAGCAGCGAACACGUCACCUCCUGCCUUCCAGACAUCUCCAGGGGCACCUGCCUGGAAGGAGAAAACAGCCAUCACUGCAGGCAGCACCACAGCCACUGCUGCAGGGAGCACCACUGCCACCACUGCAAGGAACACUGCUGCCACCGCUGUGGGGAACAUCAGUGCCACCACUGCCACCACUGCAGGGAGCAUCACUGCCACCACUGCAGAGAACAUCACUGCAACCACUGCAGGAAACAUCAGUGCCACCACUGCAGGGAACACCACUGCCACUGCUGCCACCACUGCCACCACUGCAGGGAGCAUCACUGCCACCACUGCAGAGAACAUCAGUGCCACCGCUGCCACCACUGCAGGGAACACCACUGCCACUGCUGCCACCACUGCCACUACUGCAGGCAGCACCACUGCAAUUACUGCAGGGAACACCACUGCCACCACUGCAGGGAACAUCAGUGCCACCACUGCCACCACUGCAGGCAGCACCACUGCCACCACUGCCACCACUGCCACCACUGCAGGGAACGCCACUCCCCAGUGA